UGGAAUAAUGCAUUGAGUUCUUGGGGGAUAAAACAAGAACCAUACUUGUAUUGAGAUGCCUUUCUCUGAGUAAUGCAACAUUCCUUUUGUCAUACAUUUUUCUAGUAAAAUCUCAGCAAGUCUGCAAUAAAAAUGGCCACCAAUAAAUCUACAUUGCACAAAAUGGGGAAGAAGCAGAAUGGCAAAGGCAGAAAAGUUGAAGAAGCAGAACCUGAAGAAUUUGUGGUGGAGAAAGUCUUGGAUCGACGUGUAGUUAAUGGAAAGGUUGAAUACUUCUUGAAAUGGAAGGGAUUUACUGAUGCUGAUAAUACCUGGGAACCUGAGGAAAAUUUGGAUUGUCCAGAGUUAAUAGAAGCUUUUCUGAACUCUCAGAAAGCUGGUAAAGAAAAGACAGAUGGUGGCAAAAGAAAAUCUCUCUCAGAUAGUGAAUCUGAUGACAACAAAUCAAAGAAAAAGAGGGAUUCUAUUGAUAAACCAAGAGGAUUUGCAAGAGGUCUUGAUCCUGAGCGAAUAAUUGGAGCCACAGACAGUAGUGGGGAAUUAAUGUUUCUUAUGAAGUGGAAGGACUCAGAUGAAGCGGACUUAGUGCUGGCCAAAGAAGCUAAUGUGAAAUGUCCCCAAAUUGUAAUCGCUUUUUAUGAAGAGCGGCUAACUUGGCACUCAUGCCCAGAAGAUGAAGCACAAUAAUUGUUUGGCUUUUCUUUUUUAUAUAUGUAUAAAAAUAUUAACAGCUGUUUGGUUUUGACCUACCAGAAAUGUGGAACACGUCUACAUUCUAAUAUGAUAAGUUUGAUUAUUUUUGAA